GUGCGUGCGCAUCAGCCCUUCCCCUGAUCAUGUAUGCUUGAGUUCUAUUGAUUCACCAACAAGCGUGGCAGCGUGCGAACUUUCUAUUUACUGUUGUGAAAUCAACGUCUCAACACGAAGCAUUAAAACUAUCUUCCAGAUUAUCUCAGAUUGUGUUACGAUGGAGAGUCCCGAAGAUCCCAUCCGCCAUCUCUACGAGUAUGUCGACCUGAUCGAGAAGAUCAAAGAAAAGAGGCCGGGCUUCUUCCCAGCCCUUUUUGAGAUGCAUCGGAGCAUCGUCAAGGACUUGCCGACAGACUCGGAACUUCUAAAGAAGAUCAUUGAGAAAUUUGAUCUCGUCCCUAGAGCUCCAACCGCGAACCUCAGGACCACCGGGACGCAAACGUAUUUCAAGGUCCAAAAACCCAGGAAGACCAUUGCGACCCAGACCUCCAUUAAAGAAUUGAAAACCCUAGCGACCCAAACCUCUUCUCUCCUCUUGGCCUCCAAAACCAUCGCGGCCCAGACUCCCUCUCCACCUACAACUCACAACCUAAUUCCCUCUGCUUCUACCACAAAAUCUUCCACGAUCUCUCCUUCUACUGCCCUAGUACCGCCUGAAUCAAAACCCCGGAUCUGCUCCCUCCUAUCCCUGAACAUCCCAACUCCCCGGAACAUUAACCCCUAUACCCUGCAGUUCCUCCACAGUACGGCGCGAUAUGCGUGCUGGAACUGCCAGGAGCCUACCCAUAAGUACCCGCAGUGUCAGCGCCCCCUGACGGUGUUUUGUUUUAAGUGUGGGGAACCUGGGUUCUCCUCCUUGAACUGCCCCUACUGUGCCCGCUCCUCUUCCAGUUCCUCCUCACACCGCAACAUGUAACUACUCUUCCCUUUAGCGAACCUUCAUCUUUGCCUCUCUUCCUUUCUUUGCGACCCUAUUUUUCUCAUUUUCUUUCUUUUUAUGCUUUCCUUAUUCCCUGAAUGAAAAUGCCUUUUUGCAUCUACCUUUGAGGGCCCCUUUGCUCGCCUUUUUUCGAGAAGCACCUUUUGUGUUUUCGAGAAAUCUUUUGUUUUUCUCUCAAAUUAAAAAUCCCCUUCACUUGGAAUUUUAAGCCUUUAAAAUUCAUGAUCUGAAGAGUUUUUUAUUUUGAAAAUUUACCAUUAUGAAUAAUGGAUUUUUUAAGAUUCCCGAUGAAAAUGUUUAAAAUUUGGAACUCUAUCUCUUUCAAUCUUAUAUCAGCGUUGCUCUGCCUCACUUGUCUGGAAGAUUCGAAAAAACAGCAAUUUUAAUGUAAUUAAUUAAGAUAUCAACAAAGUGUAUUAUUUGUUUGCGUGGAGAUUGUACAGUAAUUUUGGUAAUUGGAAAACGGGAAACAGUUCAGAUUGAAUAGAUAUAAUUAUAAAUGUGUAUCUCACGAUAACACAAAUGUAAAGGAUACAAUAGCACCAAUAUGUAUGAAAUAAAAAUAUC